AAAUUCAACUUUGGACGAACUCGGAUCCAAGUCGGAUUCUAAGCUUUCCUUAUCCAACACGGCCAAGUUUCGUCGCGUCUUUAUAUAAACAAAACCAAACCAAACCUUUUUCUUCUUCCUCUUCAUAAAAGUUCAAAAACCCAACAAAGACAAAUCUCUCUCUUCUCUCCUGAUGAAUUCGAUGUUCAGUGCCUUCGACGCCAUGUCCGCAGAGAUUAUGGGGAAGAAAGUCACCGCAGCGUCUUAUGUCUGCAACCCCUCUCAAGCUGCUUCUUCCGGUGGUGGCGGUGGUCAAACUGUGUCUUUGCUGAAGAAAGACGAAAACGCUACCAGUUUGGCGAAGAAGCAACCGAGGUAUGCUCUGGAGCUCGACGGGAUUCAUUGCUUCGAGACCAUUGUUCGUUCUUGAUUCCAACCAAGAUUACACAUCUUUUUUUUUGUUCUAUUCCAUCAUGUAAAUACACUUUCCGGAAAAAAAAAAGAUUUAAAUUCUUAAUUAAAAUCAUCCUUUUGUGGUUGGUUCAUCUGUUUUGCAGUUUAUGUUUGCUUUGGUUUCUAAUUCUUGAAUAUGUAUAUAAAGUAAAUAAAAGUUUUUUUUUUCUCUAAGCGAGAAUCGAUG